AAAGUGGCUGUUGACCGCGUCUUCUAUGAGAGGCUUCUGCGCAUCCUGAAGAUAUGUGUGCCAAGGGUGCUGUCCAAGGAGUCUUUGCUGAUCCUUCUACAAGGCGGGCUGCUUGUUUCAAGGACAUUCCUCACAGAUCGCAUAUCUCGGAUUGAGGCUCGAGCGGGACGGCACCUCAUAGCCCAGAACUUCCCUGGGUUCGUCAGGGGCUUGGCUGCGUUCCUUGGGGUGUCUGUACCUGCAGCUGUGGUCAACUCCGGUCUGAGGUUUUUCCAGAAGGAGAUCCAGUUGGCGUUCAUGAUGCGGCUCAGCAAGCACCUGCACCAGCUCUACUGCUCCAACAGAAGCUACUACGCAGCCUCUGUCCUCGGAGGCCUGACAAACGCGGACCAGCGCAUAACGGAGGACGUGGAGAAGUUCUGUUUCGCGGUGGCGGACCUAUACUCGUACACCUUCAAGCCGCUGCUGGACGUGCUGCUGUUCACGCGCUCGCUGGCCAAGAGCAUGGGCUACCGCACGCAGCUGGCGCUGUACGCCUACUACCUGCUAUCGGCCACGGUUCUGCGCUCGAUCUCGCCCCCGCUCGCCCUCAUGACCGCCCAGGAGACCGGCCUCGCAGGCGCCUUCAGAUCCGCGCACCAGCGAGUGGUGGGCAAUGCAGAGGAGAUAGCGUUCAACGACCCGCCCUCGGGCAAGGCAGAGCAGCUGGUGCUCAACUACCAUCUGGAGCGCAUGGUCAAGCACACGCAUCUGUCGGCGCUCCAGCGGUUCGUGCAGCAGGUCUUUGACGGCUUUGCUGUCAAGUACAUGGCCAGCGCGGUGGCCCUGCUGCUCUAUGCUGCCCCGCUGUACUUCAGAGAUCCCUCCAUGCGCGGCAGCCAGGAUGAAAUCACCCAGGACUACAUCCGCGCCAUGCGCCUGCUGCAGAACACAUCAAGGGGGGUGGGCGAUUUGGUGCUGGUGUACCGGCGGGUGACUGGGCUGGCGGGGCACACGUCGCGCGUGGCAGAGCUGCUGGAGCAGGUGCAGCGACUGAGCGGAGGGAACCCCGAGCAGACCACGCGCACGCUGUACAACCGCAACGUGUCGUCCUCCUCCUUGUUGGCCGAGCCUGAGGUUCUGCCUGAGCCCCGCCGCCAUGAGGGUGACAUCAUCAAGUUCCACCGCCUAGCGCUGAAUGCACCGGACGGCACGGCGCUGGUGCGGGAGCUCACGUUUGAGGUGCCGCCGGGCCGCUCGGUGCUGGUCAUGGGCCCCAACGGCAGCGGCAAGUCGUCCCUGUUCAGAGUCCUCUCUGGCUUGUGGCCCCUCCAGGGCGGAGAAAUUACAGUGCCGAGCGCGCUGUUUUCCACAUUCUACCUGUCGCAGCGGCCGUACCUUGUGUCGGGCAGCCUGCGCGACCAGAUCCUCUACCCGCACCCGCCCGCCGCCGUGUGGGCCGCCGCCCGGCCAUCGGCGCGCGCCGAUUUCGAGCGCAUGCCGGGGUGGGAUCAGGUGCAGAACUGGAAUGACACGCUGAGCGGUGGGGAGAAGCAGCGCCUGGCCAUGGCUCGCCUGCUCUUCCACAACCCUGUCUAUGCCAUCCUGGACGAGUGCACCUCUGCGGUGUCAGCGGAUGGGGAGGAGGUGCUUUACAAGGCAUGCAUGGAAGCGGGGAUCACCAUGCUCUCCAUCGGCCACAGGCCCGCCCUGCGCAAGUACCAUCAGAUGAUCGUGCACUUUGACGGCACGCAAACCGGCAAAGGGUGGCGCAUAGAAGAGCUGCCACCUAAUCUGCAGACAGAUGCAGUGUCGACCACAGAGACCAGCGUAUUUGCGUGA